AGUGUGAGAAAGAGGAUCGUAGUGCGUACGCAUGUGCAUACGUGCGUGUGUGUGUGUGUGUGUGUUUGUGUACAUCUUUGUGUGUCCACCCCUUUCGCAGUGAGUAAGGCGAGUGGGCGGUAGCAGCAACUGGUCUGCUUAUGUGGUGCGAUGCAUAGCAGACAUGUUUCUCACUGCUAGAUAUUACUCAUUUCCUCAGCCCUACACACACACACACAAACACACAGUCUCAGUUAGACGCUCACGCACAUACACACACUGACACACAGAAGCUCGCAGCUUCUCAGUGGUCUUGCUGGUGCUAUUUUUCACUUAUACGGAGCUCUGUGGCAUCGUGUGACUGGUAGCUGUUGUUGGUGUUUCUAUUGGCGCUGUAGAGGUAAAGUAGGAAGCAGCCUGUGGAGAGGCGCCUGACCCCCCUGGAGGUUCUUAACCCAGGAGGGCUGCAGCAUGUAUGACCACCAACACCUGGACAACACUCUGGUCAACAGCCCACUCUAAGGUGAUAGGUUGUUCAGGACUAGGGUGUCAGUGAUCUGACAGUGAUGUCGUGUCGAGGCCCUCCCCUCUCUCUGCGGCCCUCGUUUUCCCGUGAGUCCCAUGUAACCUAGCCGCCCCCGCCCGCCGCCGCUGGCGCUCACCCAUGAAUCCCAGCCCCGACCGCGGCAAAGAGUGCCUCCCCCCCAAGAAGAGGGAAUCCCGGCAGGGCUCGGUUGACCAGCGCACCCUCCUGGACGAGUUUAAACCGCCCGCCUCGCCCCUCAGGACCCGGCCCGCCGGCAGCUCAGGGAGAGAUGAGGGGUGCAGGGAGAACAGCGACGAGGCUCUGACAAACCCCCACAGUCUGCUACCCUCUCCCCCACCUCCCCUCCCUCCCCCUGGUAUCCCCCUCCCCCUGCCAUGGCACCUGCCUUACACCCCCUCUGUCCCUCUACCCUUCCUCCCAGGCCAGGUAGGAGAGAGGAGGGGGUCAGGCUCACCCUCCUGGAGGGAUGAUCUUCUCCCUUCCCCACUCCCCCAUCACUCCAGGUGGCUCCGAGGUGAAAUCCCCCUUCCCCUUCCACCCUGCUCAUCCUCUUCCUCCUUCAAGAGCCCCUUCCCUGCUGACUCCAGAGAGAUGUGGUCCUAUUUCAACACAGAACGAAGGGACUAUAGCUCCUCUCUCUUCUCCCCCUCCCACCUGUUCAGCCAGCCCCCCCUCUACCGUCCUGACACCUCCAUGACUGAAGGCAGACACAGAUACCUGGGCAAGAGGCCCAACGGGCUGGACGGCCCGGACAGCAGGACUGCCUCUGCCUCCAGGGUAGCGCCACCCUCAGGAGAGUACGGGAACGAACCCAGUGGCAGGGCCAGGCUGGGUGGCAGCCUCCACGGUUCCCAUGCCAACGGGCGGCGGAGACACCAGGAGGAUCCCAUGGGACGUUCUCAGACGGUUGCGAUUUUCCAAGAUUCCCGAGCGCCACCUCCGGAGGGCCCUGACUCACAUUCCUCUCUGCAGGACAGGGAUCCCCGUGGGACGCCAAAGCCUGGGACCCUCACCCUGAUCCCUAGCAGGCCCCAACCCCAUCGGGCAGACCCCAGGGCAGGGAGAGGGGAGAUUCUGGACCCCCUGGGGAGCUCUCCGGCUAAGGCCCAGAUUUACUACUCCCUGGGGUCGAUGUACUCUGCCCUACAGUCCAGCCACCCCCAGGCUCAGCCUUUCCCCCUGUACAGCCCCUCAGGCAGCCCUCAGUACGGCCUGCACACCAUGAGGAACUCACAGCACUCGCCUCAGGGGCAGCCCAACAGCCACGUCACAGAGAGCGACAGAGAGAGGGAACGAGAGCGAGACAGAGAACGAGACAGACGACGAGAACAAGACAGAGAGAGAAAACGCGAACAAGACAGAGACAACCGGGAGAGAGACAGUGAACGAGACAGAGACAAAGACAGCGGAGACCUUUCCCCUGGGCGGCAGUACUCACGUCCCCACGCCUCCCCCCUCCUUCCCCUCACGGCCAUCUCACCCCCUGCCCCCCACCACCACCACAACCCCCCAGCACUCCUACCUCAUUUUGCCAAGGGAUCUCUGAUUGAGCUGGUGGGGGGCCGUCUAAAGCGUGUGGAGGAGCUGAGGACGGAGGACUUCCUAAGGAGUGCCAACACCUCCCCGGAGUUCCACCUGAGCACCUGCACCAUUCUGCUCAUCGCCCCCAGCGACACACACGGCUUCAACCACCUGCAGGUCCUCCUCACAGACCGCAACACUCAGGAGUUACUAACAGUUCUGGUGGAGUACCCGUUCUUCGUGCGGGACCGCGGCUGGUCUUCCUGCUGUCCCCAGAGAACCUCCCAGCUCUACGGCCUAUCCUGCCGUCAACUCAGCGAGGGAGACAUCUGCCUGGCCCUCACCCCCUCACACUCACCUCGCACACACACACACUCACACACACGCACAGCCCCGCGGGGCCACCGCACACACACUCGGGCCAGGGCCGGCGCCAGCUCACACAGGGAAGACAUGCCCCCUCCUCCCCCUCCUCCUCCUCUUUCUCAUCCCUCCCCUGCUCUCGCCCCUCCUCCUCUUCCUCUGCCCCCCGCAGACCCUCCCACCCAGGAGCAGCCACGCUCACGGAAGAGGCGAUGGUCCGCCCCCGACCUCCUACCCCCUACUGGAACUACUGAAGCUACCGGGUACUGACAAGACCACCAAUUUACCUCACGGCUCCAAGCAUAGGAAGCGGCAGUAGAGCUUACACACGCACACACACACACACUGAAACACACACAUGCAAGCACAAACACACCCUCCUUGUCUCUAGAGCACACACAUGGCCACACAGUAGAGAGACCACAAGGCAGGGUUGCAGGGAAGGACAAAGAAAUGCAACUUUACUUGUGUCCACACUGCUGCCCAAAGUAUGAGCCUAUACCCCUCUUUCUUCAUCCCUCUUUCCCCUCUCUCCACUUAGCACACCUCUGACAGGGGUAGCUGUCUGAGGACUCCCAGAGAACAGACGUUGAGUGAGACACUGUUUUUGUUAUGGUUGUCCCACACGUCUACUUACUGACAGUGUUUUCUGCAGGGUAUCGGUUUUCAAUCAGGGUUAUGGAAGCAAGCUCUAUUGAAGAUGUCUAUCGCAGAGAGAGAGAGAGAUAUAUAUAUAUAUAAAUAUAUGACUAUAUAUUACAUUACAGAUGUUCUAUAAAUAUGCUAAACCGAUUUAAUGCAACCUCUCUGAUUGUCACUUUCGUAAUGCGUUCUCAGUUUUAGAUUUUCUCGCUUCUUCUGAUACGAAGUUUGACUGUCAGUCAGUCAGUCAGUCCAUCGGUCAGUGGGUCUGGGCAGGCAAGGUAAAUGAAUGUAUCAGCUACUCUUCGCCUUUUUACUAUUCUCGUUACCGGGGGGGGGGGGGGGGGGGGGGGGGGGUCAUGUUAAUCUCUUGUUCGCCAAGGUAUUGCCCUCCGAUAUGUUCUUAACAUUAUCUCAGCAAAAGGAAAAGCACUAAUGAAAAUUGCGUAACAGACAAUCCUCUCCCACACAGGUGGGUCUGUGUCGCUUCGCCUUGACCCCGAGAGUGUUUUUCCAUAAAAAAAAUAAAAAUGUAAAAGAUGGAUCGGCGGGAGAGUAAUGGUGCUAAUAACAGGUUGGAACAGGAUGCUUUGUGAACACAAACUUGACCCCUCUGUACUGUACUCUGUACCCCUUCUGUUCCCCUUUCUUUUCUCCAUGUACUGUAUAUGUUUGAGCGCAGGGAAAAAAACGAUUGAAAGUAUUUUAAAACUCAGAUACGGGUAUCUUUUCUGAUUCAGCACACUCUUUCACUUUAGUUUUUUCAACUUUUUUUAGUUUGUUUGUUUUUCAAAAACAAAAAAAACCUGACCUGUUGUUUUUUUUUCCUUUGUAAAUGUUAAAACUAUAAAAAUUGUAUAUUUUUGAAAUUGUGAGUCUGUUAUAUGAUGUUCGCUAGAAAUUAUAAAAAUUAAAAUAAGCUUUAUGAAUUUA